AGCUAUCUGAGGCAGCGGCAGUUCCCCUGCGCUCUCUCCCUCCUGCAGGCUGCGCUCAUACACACACUUCAACCAAUAGGAUACUGGACACACAUUCACAUACUGUUACUCUUUCAGACAAUCUGCAGCUGCACACAAACACACACUCUAUUACAGGCACUCACACUCUUUAAGUUAACAUCAGAGGCAGUUGUAGACACUUUCACUUCACACACUUAUUUCUUCUUUACAAAUUUCACGCAGAAGAAUGAGGACAAUUGCGCUUUGCGUUUGUGCCAGUCUCCUGCUUACAGCCACCCUGGUGCCGCACACCAGCCGGGCAGCGGACUUCCCCGGCAACUCACAGCAGAGAUGGGAUGCUAGAGGACCUUACACUUUGGGAUCUGAAUCCGGUGCCCCCGCCUCCUGCCCCAUGAAACUGAGACCCUCGGGCCAGUGCGGGAGCUCUGGGGCCAGGGCGGAGGAGGGGGAGGACUGCCCCUAUCAGCUCACCUUGCCUCCCCUCACCAUCCAGCUGCCCAAGCAGUUCAGGCUGCUGGAGAAGACGAUGAAGGAGCUGCAGAGCCUGAAGGAGGUGGUGAACAAGCUGAGGAGUGGGUGCCAAGAGUGCCGUGGGACGCGUAACAGUGGAGCUUUUGGACAUCAGCAAGCUGACCAAGGACAGAGGGAUGCUGGGGAAGAGGGGAGACUGGACCUGAUGGGACAGGAAGUGCAAGACGGGUCCAGCCAAGAGGAGAGGGGAGAUGGGAUGGUCCCUGGAGCUACUGUGGACGGUACUGGACUGGGACAAGGUUCUAUUUUUGGGAAAAUUACACCAAGCCCAAGCACAAUGCAGGAGAUGCAGGUGAAGCUGAAUAGGAUGUCAGCCAGCCUGCGCAACUCCAGGAACCGGAUCUCGGUUCUGCAGGGUCGUCUGGAGGGGCUCAACCUGCUCAACAUGGACAACGUGCAGGCUAUGGUGGACAGACGGGUGGAGAACAUCACCAGAGUGGUCAACAAGCUGAGCUCCACCUGCACUACUCAGUGUGCAGUACAGAAUUCCCCUCAGUCAGUCAUCUUAGCCCCUCGGGACUGUUCAGACUACAACGUGCUGGAGACGAGGAAGAAUGGUGUGUAUCGCGUGACCCCUGAUCCCCGCAAUGGCACAUUUGAGGUCUUCUGUGACAUGGAGUCAUUUGGAGGUGGCUGGACUGUGAUACAGCAACGCCUUAAUGGUUCUGUCAGUUUCAACCGCACCUGGACAGAGUAUAAGAAGGGCUUCGGCAACCUCAGAGGUGAGUUCUGGUUGGGCAAUGACCAUAUUCACUUGCUGACAAAAGCCAAAGACAUGGUCCUGCGUAUUGAGCUGGAAGACUUUGAGGGCGUCCGGGAAUAUGCAAAAUACGACCAGUUCUAUGUGGCCAAUGAGUUCCUAAGCUACCGGCUGUCUGUCAGUGGAUACAGUGGGACUGCUGGGAACGCCAUCAGCUUCAACAAGCACUUCAACCAUGACCAGAAGUUCUUCUCCACGCCUGACCGCGACAAUGACAUGUACCCCUCUGGAAACUGCGGCGCCUACUACAGCUCCGGCUGGUGGUUCGACGCCUGCAUGUCCGCCAACCUCAAUGGGAAGUACUAUCACAAGAGGUACAAAGGAGUCAGGAACGGGAUCUUCUGGGGAACAUGGCACAACAUGUCAACAGAGUACUACCCCACCAACUACAGGCAGGCCUUCAAAACUGUCAAGAUGAUGAUACGGCCCAAGAACUAUGCUCCUUAAGAGGACAGGUAAAUAUGCGUAGAGUGUAGUCAGACGGACAGAUAGACGGACAGACACAAGCAAAGACAAAGAAAAUGGAAGAACAAGUAGACUCAGAAUCUCAUACACAUGCACAUAGUCAUGCAUUUGCACACUUUUACACAUGCAUACGUGUACACUGAAAAAGACUAUAAGCCCUAUAGCCCUAUAGAAGUUUGAAUGCAGUAAUAACAAAAAAUAAUUGUGAAAAAAUUUAACUGUGCUAUUACUUUUUUCCACUGUAGUGAGUGUGGCCUUCAAAAUGUUGGAUUAAAAUGAUAAUAAUAAAGAACGAUGGACUAUGAACGAUGAUGGACUAAUAAAAAAACCACACAUGCAGUGUAAAGGACAGCCUCCUACAGGGGCCAUAAUAUUAUACGGAGGGUUUCCAUUUUUUCUCUGACAUUUCUCCACUUUCUGUCCUGCUGCCUCCCGCUAUAAACCCAGCCGGGACACAGCACAGCACACAGUAGUAGUAAAAACUAAUGAGCUAUCAUUUUUCUCCACUCCAAAUGGUUUCAUAAUUAACAGCAGCCACUCAACUGAGGUAUAUGAGAGCUGAUGAUACAGUUUUGAGUGGGUUUGAAAUUCAUUGUGAGAGACUUCAUGCUGGGGUCAGAGUCAAACUGUUUUAAAAAAAGAAAACUACAGGCAAUGAUACACAGCACUCUUUAGGCAGCAGAGAGCAGGUAAUAGCCUCUGUGUCUUUUAUUUAAUUACACUGGGACACUUUGCUAAUGCAUCAUCAUUCUAUACAAUAUAAAACAUCACAAUAUAAAUAUGUACCCUGAGAUAAAUUUCUAUUGGGUCAUUCCCAAGUGCAUUCUGCAGUAUGGAUGUUUUUGUAAAUUCUACUUGACAGCAGCGACAGAGCAAGACACUGCUGCAAGAAAAAAAAAAACUGUUCAAAUUGUUUUCCACCCAUAGCUCUGGGUGCACCAAACUACUGCGCAUCUCUUGAUGCUUACACCAGUUUUCAUGUGCUAAAAUGAAAAAGAAAAUCCUCCCUGACUCACUCACCACUUGUACAAUACUGCUACCUAAUGUUAGAAAACUGUAUAGCACCAUUUAAUCCAGUUAAUGCACACUGUGAAUGGGAAGGACAGGGAGAGAAAUGUUUGACUUUAAGGAUGUGUACAGUAUUUAUUUUAUUUUGUGAGGUUAUGAUAGCUUUUAUAUAAUGCAUAGGUCAUACAGUACAAAGUCUAAUGAUUGUUGACAUUUGAGCAGUGAUAAAGACAUUGGCAUUAUUGUGACCAUUCAUAGUAAAUAGGUGUGUAUUUGGAGCUUUGUGUGUGUACAAUAUUGAUCUUUUCUAUCACUCAUAUUCAACUGUCAUGCCAAAAGAUAUGCACUUUUUAUAUCAAAAAAAUGAAUAAAGUUCUAACUACAUGGCUGUGUACAUUGCAGUGUUUGGCAGUUUUAAAUCAUGUCGAUGCCAAUUUUCAAAGCCUCCUCUGUAUUGGAAUCAUCUUUCAGUGAAUGUAUACAAAAAUGUAUACAAGUUUAGCAUGAGUAUCCACGAAUAGAACUGAAAUGUCUGCCGUCUAGUAUCCAGGGCUGUAAAAAUGGAGGGAUGAGGUGCUGCAUGCCCAUUAUAAAUGGGUUCAUGAAUAAAAAAGAAUGAGUUCAUAUCAACUUCACAGAAGAUAAAUGAUUAAACUGUGGGCCUGUGACUUUAAUGUCUGUUUACUGUAUGUGACGAUCAAGUUAAUAAAAAAAGUUUUGUGCUCAUCCA